AUCUUUCCCUCCCUCUCGCUUUCUCCCCUUCAUCUCACCUCCAGCCACUCAGCGCUCCCUCUUCAGCAGCACCGCCCGCUCUCUUUCUACCUUUUUCUCUCUCUCGCUCCCUUUUCUUUCUCUCUCCUUCUCUCUUUGGCUCACAGAAGGUUCCCAGGCUCCUGGUCCGUCCGUCUGUCCUUCUGCCCGUCUGCCUGACCGUCCGACGAUCCCAGUGAAGCUCCAGCACCAACCCGGGACACAGACUCUCACAAAGUUGCAGAGAUGGCGAUGAACAGUAUUCUCAACGCUGCCGAUAUCAAGAAAGCCCUAGACGCAUUCGCAGCGGCUGACUCGUUUGACCAUAAGAAGUUCUUUGAGAUGGUGGGUCUGAAGGCCAAGUCAGCUGAGGAUGUGAAGAAAGCCUUCCUGGUGCUGGACGCUGAUGCCAGCGGAUUCAUAGAGGAGGAGGAGCUCAAGUUCGUACUGAAGGGAUUUGCCUCAGACGGCAGGGACCUGACCGACAAAGAAACCAAAGCGUUCUUAAACGAAGCCGACAAGGACGGAGACGGCAUGAUCGGCAUCGACGAGUUCGUUGCCCUGGUGCACGAGUAAUAGACACAUCCCUAAACCGACUAGCGCUCCACCACCCGGCCCCCGAUAUUCCCUCUCUCCCAGUCUGCAACCCCCCCCCCCUCACCUCAUCCCUCCACCUGCCCUCGCUGACACCCAGCUCUCUCCCACUCAAGCGCACUACUACUACUACUGCACUGGAGGAAUGGGGUCGUGGCUCCCGCCCCCCCACCCCGCUAACUUACCCCUCUCCACCACUCCCACCCACACCCUAUUUAUUUUUUUCCUUUUUAUACAAAACGUAUGUGUUUCUGUUUACGUAUAGUUAUCAGACCGCCUGGAAGGCCAAUAACCUCAAGUUAAAAUAAUAAUGUAGAUAUUUCAAAAUGAGAGAAAGUCAUUUUACUUCACCCCCCUUUUACUCUGUCCCGCUUCCCCCACUCUUUAUCUGUCCAUCUCCACUUCAACUUUCUGCCACUGCUCCUUUCCUUUCCUUUCCUCCCCUCUCUCCUUUGGUAAUGAGCUGUUGUAAAAACACACCAAAAGAUGAAGCUGUGAACGAACAAACUAAAAUAAAUUUUAAAAAUGCCUCAAGAACAA